GCAUUAGUCCCCCAUUGAUUAUCCUCUCCUCCCCCAUUUUUUUCAGCUUGUUUAUUCCAACAUGAUCCCUGCCCCACUGGACCUCCCCACAGUCUCUGUCACCUGAUGGGAGUGGAGAAGGAGACAAGUAUAUAGCCUUUGCCUCUCCAAAUAGACCAGGAAUAGACACCGAGGACAGAGACACUGACUAGCACUGUUCCUAGAUCACCUUUCCUCCAUUACCACCAUGAAGUUGCUUGCAAUCACCGUGCUGUUCCUCACUGUCUGUAGCCUUGAAGGGGCUAUGGUUCGGAGACAGGCAGAGGAAACGAGUCUGCAGAGCAUGGUCACUCAUUACCUCCAGGCCAUGACUGACUAUGGCAAGGACCUGGUGGAGAAAGCCAAAGGCACAGAGCUUCAGGCCCAAGCCCAGGCUUACUUUGAAAAGACACAGCAACAGUUGACACCCCUGGUGAAGAAGGCUGGAACUAGUCUGUUUAACUUCUUGAGCAAUCUUAUGGAUCCCCAAAAAACAGAGCCUGCCACCCAGUGAGACGUCCAGAUUAUUGUCUUUCAAUUCUAGAACACCUAUUGGCCAGGCCUAGACCUUCCUUCCUCCCCACACCCCAUUUUCUACA